AUGUCUGAGGAAUUAACUCACCCCACCAUCGUUGACGGAUGGUUCCGUGAAAUCAAUGAGAUGUGGCGUGGCCAGGCCAUGACCCUUAAAGUAGAGAAGAUCCUCCACCACGAGAAGUCGCUCUACCAGGACGUUCUCGUCUUCAAAUCCACCGACUAUGGCAAUGUCCUCGUCCUCGACAAUGUCAUCCAGUGCACCGAACGUGACGAGUUCUCCUACCAAGAGAUGAUCACUCACCUCGCCAUGAACUCUCACCCAGAGCCAAAGAAGGUUCUUGUCAUUGGUGGCGGAGAUGGCGGUGUUCUCCGUGAGGUUAUCAAGCACGAAUGCGUUGAAGAGGCUAUCCUCUGCGACAUCGACGAAGCCGUCAUCCGUGUCUCCAAGCAAUACCUCCCAGAUAUGUCUGCUAGCUACAAACACCCCAAGGUCAAGACUCACAUCGGCGACGGAUUCAAGUUCUUGGCCGACUACAAGAACACUUUCGAUGUUAUCAUUACCGAUUCCAGCGAUCCUGAUGGCCCAGCGGAGAGCCUUUUCCAGCUCCCAUACUUCGAGCUUUUGGAAGGAGCUUUGAGAGAAGGAGGGGUCAUCACGACUCAAGCUGAGAACCAAUGGCUCCACAUCGAUCUCAUCCAGAGACUCAAGAAGGACUGCGGCAAGACUUUCCCAGUCGCCGAGUACGCCUACACCACCAUCCCCACCUACCCAUCAGGCCAGAUUGGAUUCAUGGUCUGCUGCAAGGAUGCCAACAGGGACGUUACCAAGCCACUGAGGAGGUGGUCCGAGGAAGAAGAAGAUAAGCUCUGCAGAUACUACAACGCCAAGAUCCACGAGGCUAGCUUCAUCCUCCCAACCUUUGCCAGGAAGAAGUUGUCCGCUUAG